UUAUAAUUUAAUGUUUAAUGUUAGGCAUGCACAACUUGAAGAAUUAGGAGCUAUUACUAACAUGCCUGUUAUGUCAAAUAGUAAAUAUCAGUUACUUCAUAACGAUAUUUCCACAUACAUGAACGAAUUAUCAUGGGAAGACAUGGAAUUAGCUGGCAAAGAAGAAGCGAAAAUUGAUAUUGAAAAUAAUGAUGUCGAUGCUGAAGGUAGACCAAUGAUUACUGUGAUAGCAGACGGCGCUUGGUCUAAACGAUCAUACAAAACCAAGUACAAUGCUCUUUCUGGCGUUGCCUGUAUUGUUGGAGCUAAAACACGAAAAAUUCUGUUUAUUGGUGUAAGGAAUAAGUACUGCUGUGUAUGUCAACGAGCUUAUAAAAACAAAAAAGAACCUAAAGAACACAUGUGUUUUAAAAAUUGGAAUUUUCCAUCCACUGCUAUGGAAGCAGACAUCAUUGUCGAUGGUUUCAAAAGAAGUCUUGAUAUGCAUAAUUUGAUAUAUUCACGUCUCAUAGGUGAUGGUGACAGUAGUGUCAUGAAUAAACUGCAUUUGGCCAAACCCUAUGGAAGUGAUUUUGUUAUAAAAAAAAUCGAAUGUUCGAAUCAUAUUUUACGUAAUUACGUAAACAAAUUAAAAGAUAUUGCUACAAAAAGAAGAACAAAUAGAGGCGUGAAUAUUCCUGGUAAUAUAAGGAAAACAAUAAAAGACAGAAUUUUGCGUCUGAGGUAUGCAAUCACUGAAGCUGUGAAGUAUUGGAAAAAUAAAAAAGACAUUUCGUUUGAAGAAAAAUUGUUGAAUUUAAAAAAAGAUUUAAUGAAUGGCCAUAGUCAUGUUUUUGGUGAGCAUACAAACUGUAGUAUUUAUUUUUGUAAAGGGACAAAGGAUGGUGAAAUAAAUUUAGUACCAGAAAUGAAGUCAUUGGGAAUUUGGGAUGAAUUAGUGGCAGCUAAAAGUCACAUUUUAUUUCACGCAGAAAGUUUAUUGUACAAAGUAAAUAAUAAUGCAGCGGAGUCGUAUAACUCCAUUUUGGCAAAAUUUAUCGGUGGUAAAAGGGUAAAUUUUUCAAUGCGUGGAUCAUAUAGUUUACGAUGUAAUGCCGCGGUGACAUCGUACAAUGAGGGCCCUAGACGUUUGUACUCAUUACAUAAAAAAAUUGCUAAGCGUAGUCCUGGAAUAUUUACUAAAAAGUAUAUAUCAAAAACUAUUUUAAAAAGUGAAUCCAGAAGUAAACGACGUCUCUUUCAUCCUCCUGUCUAUAAUAAAACAGUAAAUGGACCAGAUGAACAUUAUGGAGCUACGGCGGAUUUAACUACUUCUCCAGAUAUGUCUAAAGAAGAAUUUGAAAUUAAAAAAGAUAUUUUUUUAUCUCGUUUGAAGCUAACCGGAGAACAAAUAGAGCAAAUUGAAAAAGAUACACGGCGGCAAAAUGAAUGCACGGAGUGGCAUCUGCACAGGAAAAAAAGAUUAACAGCUUCUUAUUUCGGUAAAAUAUGCAAACUUAGAGUUACAACAUCACGAGCUAAAACUGUUUCGAAUAUUUUGUACGGUUCAUUUAGUGGAAAUAAUGCAACAAAAUAUGGAACACAAAACGAAGAAAACGCUAAAUCUGCAUUAGCUGGAAUAUUAAAUAAAACAAUUGUACCGUCGGGAUUAAUUAUUGAUAAAGAUUUGCCGUUUUUAGCUGCUUCUCCAGAUGGUCUGAUUGAUGGAGAUUCACUGGUUGAAAUCAAGUGUCCAAUAACUUCUAAAGAACUAACUCCUGAAGACGGUAUAUCAAGAAAAAAAAUUUCAAGUUGUGAAAUUAGGAAUGGGAAGCUUCGAUUGAAACGUACGGAUACAUUUUAUUACCAAGUACAAGGUCAACUUCAUAUUUCAAAGAGAAAAUUUUGUUAUUUUUGUAUUUGGACACCUCGAGGUAUGCUGUAUGAAAAAAUUAAAAGAGACGACAAUUUUUGGUCAGAAAAAAUGUUACAUCAAUUAACUAACUUCUACUAUCACUGUUUAUUGCCAGAAAUGGUUGAUUCUCGAUUUGAUAGAAAUUUACCUAUUAGGGAUGGACUUGCAUCAGAAAACAAAGAUAGCUCCUAG